UCGGCCCUCCAGCUCCGCCGCCGCCCGACGGCGACACUCGGCCGCCACCAGCCUCCGCCGCGCCGCCGCCAGCUCCACCGACCCGGGGCUGCUGCUGCUCUUGGUGCCGCUGCCGGUGCCGCUGCCGCUGCCGCUGCCCGCAGAGGUACCGCCGCGGUCGGGGUGUUGCUCGCCGCCCGCUGUCGGACCAGGAUCCGCCGCUGUCGCUGCCGCCAUGGGAACGGGAGCGAGGUAGCGCCGCGGAGUGGAUAUAUAGCCCGGGGGCGGCGCUGGCUCUGUGCGGCUCGGCCCCGCCGGGGGCGGCUCCGGCACCGGCUCCGCACCGGCACCGGGUAGGGAACGGAAACGGGAGCGGGCCCGGCCCGGCCCGGUACAGCUCCGGCGGGAGAUGCCUGGGCUCAGUAUGGCUCCAUACAGCACUGGCACCGGCAUCGGGCUAGGUAUGGCUCGAUCCGGCCCCGUACGGCACCGGCAUCGGAUUCGGUAUGGCUCGAUGCAGCAGGACCCCUAUAGCCCAGUACAGCACCGGCACCUUGCACCGGCACGGCACCGGGCUGGAUAUGGCUCAGUAUGGCACCAGUAACGGGCUCGGUAUAGCUUGGCACAGCACUGCAUGGCACCGGUAUGGCCCCGUACAGCAUCGGCUCCUGCGUGCUCAGUGCGGCGGCUCGGCACGGCCCCAGGCUCGGUACGGCCGAAUCUGGCUGUUGUGUCUGAGAUGCUCCAGCCACAUCCUCCACGCGUGACUGGGGACCUGCCAGGCUCCUUCUCCACCUGUCCUGCUGUUGCCUUCCUCUCCUGGCUUCUUUCCUUUCCCGCAAACCUUAGGCAAGGACCCGACCCCAGGAGUGACUCAGCAGCUCUGCAGAGAAGCACUGAGUCAGCAAGGAGGAGCAAAGAGGAGGAGCUGCGCCCCACAGCCCCAGUGCCCAGGGAGCAGCGGGCACCCCCACGGCACCAGUGCCGCACAUGCUGCUGCUGGCCCCAAGGGAGCCUGGGCAAGAAACUCCAGCAGCAGACGGGAUGGAUGAUGCUGCUGCUUCACAGGGUGCCAGGCAGGCAGGGUGAGAUCAGUCCCCACGAAGGUCCCUCCGUGGAGGACCUCCUGACCUCUGAACAAUGAAGAUCUUAGACCCAGGCUAACUCUGAGUCGUGCAGCCUGCUCGUGAGCCCUCCAGAAGCAGAUGCUGAAGCUCCUCAGAAGGAUCUUCUCUGUUCACAGUGCCUGUGUGAGCGCAGAGGAAGCUGCCAGCGACCUGGUGCCGGAGCCGUGAGCCAUGCUGGGCCGGAAGACAGGAGUCCCCCGCGAGCUGAACAGCCGCCGCCAGCCGAACCAGUCCUGCCAGGAGGCUGUGCCCCUGCGGCCCAGACCGUGCCAGGAGGGCGAUGUCAGCCUGGAGGUGUUCGGCAGCUCGACGCCCGAGCCCCGGGCGGGCCGCAGCAGGGCCCAGCAGAUGCGGGACAGGAGGGGCCGCAGGGCCGAGCUGCGGGAGCCCAACGGCAGGGAGGCAGAGACCAUCACCUUCAUCUCGGGCACAGCUGAGGCCGCCCCCAGCCACAGCUCCUGCUGCUCCUCGCUGGCCCAGGCCUGGAACACGUACAAGGCUGUUUUCUGUUGCAUAGUGACCUGUGGGAGCUGCUUCCAGGACUGCAGUGUCUGUGUCCCCUACCCGGGGCCCACCGAGACCUCCACGGACGAGGGCAAGAACGGAGACUGCAAGGGGCGGCUGCCCAGCAGCGCCUGCAGCGCCUCCCCCGCCGAGAAGAACGGCAGCCAGAUCAAAAAGUCCAGCAUGGGCAGCAGCUUCAGCUACCCAGACGUGAAACUGAAGGGCAUCCCUGUUUACCCACACAGGAGCCCCGGGCACCAGCCAGAGUCGGAUUCCUGCUGCAAGGAGCAGCUGUCGGAGAAGGCCUCCCGGAGCAGCCCCGAGAGGGCAGCGCUGCCCAGCAGCCCGCGCAGCUCCGAGGAGUACUACUCCUUCCACGAGUCCGACCUGGACAUCAGCGAGCUGAACGGCUCCAUGUCCAGCAGGCAGAUCGAUGUCCUCAUCUUCAGGAAGCUGACAGAGCUCUUCAGCGUGCACCAGAUCGAUGAGCUGGCCAAGUGCACCUCAGACACUGUCUUCCUGGAGAAGACCAACAAGAUCUCGGACCUCAUCAACAGCAUCACGCAGGACUACAACCUGGACGAGCAGGAUGCUGAGUGCAGGCUGGUGCGGGGCAUCAUCCGCAUCAGCACCCGCAAGAGCAGGGCCCGGCCGCACCUCCCUGCCAGCCACAGCCACGAGGAGAAGGCCAGCAGGGGCCAGGCGCCCGACAGCGGCAACGAGACCAUGCUGGAGUCCAUGGUCCUCAGCCAGGAUGAGCUGGCGGUGCAGAUCUCGGAGGAGACCCCCGCGGAUGUGCUGGCCAGGAACAUGCGGCACAGCAGCGCAGGUUCUCCAACGAGCAGAGAUUCCUCUUUCCAAGACACAGAGACUGACUCGUCUGGGGCACCUCUGCUUCAGGUCUAUUGUUGAGGAGGACCCCAGCAGCAGGCAGGAAUCCCAGAGCUGCAGUCAGAUCCCUCCUCAGUGUGAACUCUGCCACUUGGUGCCUGUCCUGGGCUCCCCUGACCUGUUGUUGAAGCCAAGUCUCUCCUGGCUGGAUCUCACUGGAUGCUUUGAUUCACUUGGGGACAACGUAGGAAGAACAUCAAGCAAGUGACCUGUGGAGCUGCUGAAGCUGGGAGGUGGCAUCAGUGUGCCCAGAGAGGAGGAGAAGGGCAGGGAAGCCUCAGAUGAUUUGUGCCUCUGGUUUCCAUGUUCACGUUUCACUUCAGCAGCCUCAGCAGCACUCUCCCUGCUUUGAGCAUCCAUGGGGCAGUUCCUGCUUGCUGGCACUGCAGAGGUGAACUCGGGCAGGGAGUAGCUGGGUGGUGUCUGUGGUUGUGCCCAGCACCUGCUUCUGGGGACCAGAAUCUCUAUUUCGUGGCUGGAAUGGGCCCAAAAGCUUUGAGGUCUGCCCCUGGUGUUUGCUGCAGCCAGCUCUGCCUCCUCCUGCUGACCUUGGUGGGGUCACCUCCUGCUGCCUGCUGAGAAGGCUCAGGGCAAGUGCUUUGUUUAGUCUUUGGCCUCUUGAUGGUGCCAGCUGCCGAGGGGUGGGGAGCUGGGGCAGCUGCCCUGCUCCUGGCUCCAGAGCAGACCUUGGGGAUCAGCUUUGCACUUCUUGCAGCCUGCUGUGAGGUGUUCCCAGCUGCACCUCCUGACCUGUGCCUUGCAUGCCAGUCAGCUCCUGGCUCACCUGCCAAGCCCUUGGUGCUGAUAGCUGGGCAGGCUUUGACCUCAGGUCGUGGCAGGUGAGGGAGACCUUCAGAGUGAAGUGUUCAUGAUCAGGAGUUGGGUUCUUGUCUCCUUUGCUCUACAAGUGGCCUCCUUGCAAAGGAGAGCCCCCUGAGGCCUUCUGCAGAGGGUCUGUGAGGAGCUGCUUGGUCCUGCCUUGCCCCUGGGCACCUUCUCUCAGCAGCAGCAGCUGUGGUUAGUGGUACCGAGGGCACAGCACAGUGACCCUUAGGGCUGCAGCAGGAGGAAGCUGAGCUCCUUGGUGCUGCCACUUGGGUGGCUAUCCUAAGUAACCAGGUGAAGCCCUGAGACUCGGUGAGGCACUGGAGUGCCCUUGGGCACGAGUAGAAGGCUGGGGUGGAUUUCCCAGCCCUGCAAUAAACACACCCAGGGUGGGGGAGGGUUCUGGGCAGAGUGAGACCAAAGCAGUGCCCUCGCUGUGGUGUGGGCAACGUUUUUGUGCCUUCAUUGAGCUGAAAUGUGCCUUGAUGACACAGCCUCAGGUGUGGUGGAGGAUUCCAUCCUGCCCUGAGCUGCCAGCUUUGUUCACUGACCAUGGCCCUUUGAAAGGUGCAGCUCAAGCCCCUGUUGGAGCCUGGCUUUGUGAGCUGCUUCCUUCAUAAAUCACGGACAUCCCUGAGGCCACACCUGGGGACACCACAGGGAGAGCCUGGGAGACUGAAGCAGAGAAUGGAGCUGGGAUUUGCCUUCCCCUCCCUGCCUUGUUCUUAAAGCUGUUUGUUGGUGCAGAACUCGUUGGGAGCAGGAAGGGACUUGCAGCCAGGCCAGCCCAGGACUGCCAGAGCUGGUUUGGGUCACCUCCUGAAUGCCACAGCUGCCAACAGACCCCUUUGGCUUCCUGCUUCAGAGCUGGUUUGUGCAGGACAGACUGGGACAAGUUUUUCUCAGAGCAGUGCAGAGCUUCAGCCAGGGUCAGCCUGACACAGCUCUGCUGCAGCUUUGGAGGGGUGAGGAGGGCCUUGCCAACAGCUGCUGCUGCCAGCUGCAGUGGCAGAGUUGCAGUGUUCAGCCUGGGCAUGAAAUGAAGGUUUGUGGGGUAAGCUUGCAAAGAACCUAAAGCCCCCAGGCCCCCCAGACCCUCAGUGGGGAAGGCUGUCAGCUUGGUGGCCCUGCAGCUGCUGCCCCCGUGGUGUCUCGCAGGGUCCUUUUGCACUCCUUGGCCUUCGAGUGUGGUUCUGGUAAAGUGAAAGAUGUGCUCUGA